AUGGUGCCCAUCAAUCGCCUGCGCUCACCAUGGCACUCUCGUUGUCAACGCCAGCACCACUACCAUCAACACCAUGCAACCGCCUCCAAAUCAUCAUCACCAAGACCCAGCCUCGAUAAAACCCUCCCUCCACCACCUAACGUUGCCGCGUCCCCAUCCACCUCCCGGUCUACCUCAGAGCCAACCCUAAGCUCAAUAACAACCGUUCUUAUCGGCGCCAAGCAGCAACCCUUCAGCGUGAACUGCCAACUCCUUUGUGAGGCAUCGCCCUUCUUCUCUGAGCGCCUCCUAGAGAACUCCCAGCCGAAAUCAGUUUGCCUCUGGCUCCCCGGUGAAUCCUCCACCAUGUUCGCCCUCUUCGUCCACUGGGUUCACGCCCCGGGCUCGUUCCGCCAGUUCCUCGACCAUUCUAUAGCCUCAGCCCAUAACACGGGCGAGCAGGCGGCGCAGGACAUCCACUGGGCCAUUAUCCGCUUACAUCUCUUCGCCUCACACCUGGACCUUUACAAAUUACAAGACCUAGCCAUGGACGCCAUCCAAGACAUGUACCUCAAGUACGACUGGGACGUGCCGCCAAGCCUGAUUACCUACCUUUACACGCAGUGCGAGUCCCUGCCGGCCGUCCGCGUCCGCAGAUGGGCCGUGGCCAUGGUCGCCUUCUCCCAGACAGUCGGCAGCAGCAUCGCCAACUUGAAGUUCCACCCCCAGGAUUCCGCCACCUCGGACCCGGCGCGGUUCAGGGCCCUCUUCGACUCGCUGCCCGACUUUGCGGCCGACUACGCCACGCACGUCCGCAACAUGAAGGCCGCCCGGCUGGACAUACGCUCCAAAAACCCGCAACUGCGCAUCUCGGCCAACAAGCUACGCAAUGACGAGCGCCUAUUCGGCUUCCGCGAGUGCUCGUUCCACUCGCAUCGCGCCGCCAUCGGCGAGCGACGCUGCCCGCACAGCCGCGGAAGGAGCCGGAGUAAACACCCCGACAUGGGCUUGCGGCUAAGGGAUUCUUAUACCGGUGUUCGGGAACUGAUACCAGAGCCGCUAUUUACGAGUGGCCGGCGGGAGGAGGCGAGGUUAAAGCACGCGCGGCCUAUCUCGAGUGAGGUGAGGGAAGGGUAG